AUGGCGUGCCUGAAGCUGGGUUCGAAAUCUGAGGUCUUUCAUCUUGCUGGCCGAACUUGGCUUUGCUCAACUGGACUUGCAAGUGAUGUUAUUGUUGAAGUUGGAGAGACAUCCUUUCAUCUCCACAAGUUUCCGUUGCUAUCAAGAAGUGGAUUAUUAGAAGAACUUAUUGGAGAAUUGAGUGAGGAUGAGAAUUACUGUAGUUUGCAACUGCAUGACAUUCCUGGUGGAGCCAAAGCCUUCUUGGUUGUAGCCAAAUUCUGUUAUGGUGUAAGGUUAGAACUCAAUCCGCUGAAUGUAGUUGUUGUGAGGUGUGCAGCCGAGUAUCUUCGCAUGAAUGAAGAUUAUGGAGAAGGAAAUCUCAUCAUGCAAGCAGAGGAUUUUCUGAAUGAAAUACUUGGCAAUUGGACCGACUCAAUUAAAGUACUUGAAACCUGUGAAGAAGUUUUGCCUCAUGCAGAAGAGCUUCAUAUUGUUUCCAGAUGCAUCAAUUCAUUGGCAAUGACAGCCAGUGCUGAUCCGAGUUUAUUCAGUUGGCCUAUGUCGGUAAAAGGUGCAGCGCAGAGCCCAGAAGGUGUGAGGUUCUGGAAUGGAAUAAGCACAACAGCCAAACCACAUGCAGUUAAUGAAGAUUGGUGGUUUGAGGAAGUCUCCUUCCUAAAGUUACCUUUUUAUAAAAGGCUGAUUCGUGCUGUUGAAUCCGGCGGUAUGAAUCUAGAGAAGGUUGCCGGUUCCGUUAUGCACUAUGCAAGGAGGCAUCUUUCCUUGUUGGGCAGGCAAUCGAGUUUCCCAAAUGGAAACCGUGCUGGUCCUGCAUCAACUGUUUCUGCUCCAUCUGACGCAGAUCAAAGGAACCUUCUUGAAGAGAUAGUGGACUUACUACCUGAUCAGAAGGGUGUUACACCAACCAACUUCCUGCUUAGGCUUCUGCGCACAUCUAUGAUUUUGCAUGCUAGCCCAUCAUGUCGAGAGAUAUUGGAAAAGCGGGUUGGGGCGCAGCUGGAACAAGCAGCUCUUGAAGAUCUCCUGAUACCAAACAUGGGUUACUCAGUGGAGACCCUCUAUGAUAUUGAUUGUGUUCAGCGGAUUCUUGAUCACUUCAUGCUAAUGGAUCGUGAUUCAGUUGAUUAUUCUUCUAACAGCAUAGUGGAUGAAGGCCAGUUGAGUGAUGGGUCUCAAGCACUGACUCGGAUGACCAUGGUGGCUCAUUUGGUGGAUGGCUAUCUUGCUGAAGUGGCACCUGAUGUUAACUUGAAGUUACAGAAGUUUCAGUCACUAGCUGCUCUUAUCCCUGAAUAUGCAAGGCCAUUAGAUGAUGGACUUUACCGUGCUAUCGACAUAUACCUCAAGGCCCAUCCCUGGCUGACAGACUCUGAGAAGGAGCAAAUCUGCAGGCUCAUGAACUGCCAGAAGCUUUCAUUGGAAGCCAGCACACAUGCAGCCCAGAAUGAGAGGCUACCACUCCGCAUCAUUGUCCAAGUUUUGUUCUUUGAACAGCUUCGUCUACGGACAUCAGUUGCCAGUUGGUUCUUUGUAUCCGAAAACCUUGAGAACUCACAGAAUCUGAGUGCGAAUCUCGCCCUUGUUAGGAAUGAAGUACCUGUUCAAGCUGGCACCAGACGACUGGAUCGGAUUGUAGCAGUCGAUGACAUGAAGGAGAGGGUUUCUGAGCUUGAGAAGGAAUGUUUGAGCAUGAAACAAGAGAUUGAGAAGCUGGUGAAGACAAAAGGGAGUUGGAAUUCCUUCUUGAAAAAGUUUGGAUUGAUGCUCAAGUCAAAGCCUGAUUAUGAGUAUGGCUCUUGGGGUUCUUGA